AUGAUUGUUGACUUGCCCAAGGAUGGUGGUUAUGACUCCAUACUAGUCAUUGUAGACAGCUUCACCAAGUACAUAAUCUUGGUGGAAUGUUCUAAAAAAAUAAAGGCACUGGAACUGGCUGACCUACUCUUGCAACACAUAUGGAAAAAGUACGGCAUGCCUGAAAAGACAAUAUUGGACUGUGGAAGAGUGUUCAAUAAUAAAUUCCUUGGGGCACUGUACCAAUGCCUGGGGAUAGACCCCCAUUACUCAUCUGCCUACCACCCCCAGAGCAAUGGGCAGACAGAACAUGUCAACCCAUAUGUCAAACACUUCCUAAGAGCUUACUCUGGCAUCAACCAAAAGGACUGGGUCAAAUGGCUUCCCAUGGCUGAGUUUGCCUACAACAAUGCAGUACACAGUGCCACUGGCAAAACCCUGUUCAAGGCAUUACAUGGGUGGGAACCUACACUAACACCAAGCAACAUACCCACAGAUGUCAAUCCAAGGUCCAAAAUGGUAGCUGGAGAAGAAGGACAACCAUUGGAAUUCCAAGUUGGAGAAGAGGCCUGGUUGGAUGCCAAGAACCUUAAAUUGAAAACAUCAAGUCCCAAACUUACAGAACAAAGGAUUGGACCCUUUAAGGUUACUGAAAAAAUCUCCAACUGCACUUACCAACUGGAACUACCACCAACCAUGCAAGUACAUGAUGUCUUCUAUGUGGGUUUAUUAUCUAAGGUCAAAAGGGAUAACAAAUGCACCUUUGAGAAUUGCCCCCCACCAGUCACCAUAGAUGGGGAAGAAGAAUACAAAGUAGAAGGCAUCACGGACAUGGAAGAAAGGGAUGGAAAACUGUUCUUCAGGGUCAAAUGGAAGGGGUAUGGACCAGAAGAAAACACAUGGGAGCCCCAGGAAAACCUCAAAAAUGCAGGAAAAGUUUUGAAGAAGUACAAGGAGGAAAUGAGACAGAAGGCCCUUGGCACUGCCAAGGCCCUUAGAGGGGGGGCAGUGUUGUAG